GUCCGUGAUGGGAGCCGCCGUCGCGUACUGCCCGUGGCUGCUCUGCUACCUGCUGCUGAUCGUCUUCUGCGGGGGCGUGACUGUGCCCCAGCUGUACCAGGGAGAGCUUGUGUCGGUGUCGGAGGUGACGGUGCUGCAGGAGGCGGUGGCGCACCUGCCGUGCGUGCUGCAGCCGGAGCACGGCGACGUCGUGGAGCUGGUGCUGUGGUUCAAGGACGGCGCCGACUCCCCUAUCUACAGCAUGGACGCGCGCAGCCCGGUGCCGGCGCAGCACUGGGCCGACGACAAGGUGCUGGGCGCGCGCGCCUACUUCCGCAGCGCCGGCAACGCCUCCCACCUGACGCUGCAGCGCGUCCGCGAGGACGACGCCGGCUCCUACCGCUGCCGCGUCGACUUCCGCCGCUCGCCCACCCGCAACUCCAUCAUCAACCUCGCCGUCAUCGGUGAGUGCGCUUCCCACAUCUGUCCUCUGUACCAUGUUCAGUCACUUAAUAAAUUAAAUCAUACAGAAAAAAAAACCUUGGACUAA